AUGGGUUGUAAUUCCCAAAAGUAGAGCAAAUCUGAGAAGCAUCAAGAGAAAGGCAAUGAAAAAUAAAACUUGCCUAGUAUUCAUGAAGUAACUUAAACAAAGCCGAAGGAAAUUUCAAAAGAAUUCACUAAAGAAAAAUAGAAUUUGAAUUCAUAACCUUAGGCAUAAUAAAAGGUAGCAGAAUUAUUUGAAUUGGAAAAUUAAUAGAUUUACAGAAAUAAAAAGUUUCAAUCAGACUAUUUUAUAUUAGAAGAGAAGGCAUCCAUGUAAAGCAAUGAGGGUAAACUUUUCAUUGUUGAACAUAAAGUUACUGGGUAAAAAAGAAUUGCUAAAAUAAUAAAAAAUGUUUUAACUGAUAACCAACUCUUAGAAUAUAUUCAAUAUAUUUAAUCGAUAAAAAAAUUAGAUCAUCCAAAUAUUAUAAAGUUAUUUGAUGUCUAUAAUGAUGAACAUCAUAUAUAUUUGGUCAAAGAAUAUUGUGAAGGUGGUAAUUUAAUUUAAAGAUUGCAGAAUGAAGAAUCAAAUCUAAAUAAGACACAUAUUGCAUUUACGAUUCAGUAAAUGUUGUCAGCAGUAUAUUUCAUCCAUGCUCAAAAUUUAGUCCACAAAAAUAUAUAGACUAAAAAUAUUUUCAUGGCCGAAAAGUAAACAUACUUAUCCAAAAUAAGUGGCCAUGAAGAAAUUUUUUAUAAUUAUCAGGAUUUAAACACUGAAAUCAGCUAUAGAGCACCUGAAACAUUCACUGAACGAUACAAAUGGAAAGCUUCAGCAGAUAUUUGGUCAAUUGGAGUUGUUUUAUAUGAAUUACUACUUGGAGUACAUCCAUUUAAAGAAAAGCAUAAGAAUUUAACUUUCUAAAAUAUUAAGGAGAAUAAAUUGAAAAAUGAUGCAGAAUAUAAAUAAUUAGAAUAAGAAGCGAAAUCACUAUUGAUUUCAAUGUUGAAUUAAAAUGAAAGUGCUAGACCAUCUGCCAAAGAAUGCCUUCAACAUAGUUUUUUUAAAACUAUACAUUAAUCUUCAUUGAAAGUAACAGGUGCUUUAUUAAGGGCAAAAAAUUUUCAAAGAAAAAAUGAAUUAAAGAUGAUUUUACUUAACUUAAUGGUUGAAUAUUUGUUACCUAAGGAAGAAAGAGAUAGACUUGCAAAUUCAUUUAACAAAAUGGACACUGAUUUUGAUGGAAGGAUUUCAAAAAAAGAAUUAAUUAAAUUAUACUAAGAAAACUUAAGUGAUGAUAACAUAAAGAAGAGAGAAGUUGAGGGAAUAUUUAAAAAAUUAGAUUUAAAUGAAGACUCAUAUUUAGGAUUCAAUGAAUUUUUGAUUGCUACUUGUGAUAAAAAGAACUUAUUAAGUGAAGAAAAUCUAAGGAUAUUUUUUAAUAAAUUAGACAAAGAUAGUAAUCGUCAAAUUUCAGCCAAUGAACUUAAAGUAUAUUUUGUAAAAACUAAACUUACUGACGCUGAAUGGUUGGAAUUAAUGAAAUUAGGUGAUUCGAAUUAAGAGUAAAAUAAUAAAUUAUCUUUUGAUGAGUUAAAGGAGGUAUUAAAAGAAAGUGAAUGA